ACCCACACGGCAUGCCACUCCCCCAAACACUGGCACCCCCUGAUCUCACUGCCCCAAAUCCUGGCACCCACACAGCAUGCCACUCCCCCAAACACUGGCACCCCCUGAUCUGACUGCCCCAAACAUUGGCACCACGUGGCAUGCUGCUCCCCCAAACAUGAGUACCCCCAAUCUCACUCCCCCAAACAUUGGCACCACACAGCAUGCUGCUCCCCCAAACAUGAGCACCCCCAAUCUCCCUCCCCCAAACAUUGGCACCAACAUGGCAUGCUGCUCCCACAAACACUGGCACCUCCUGAUCUCAGUGACCCAAACAUUUGCACCCACAUUGCAUACUACUCCCCAAACAUUGGCACCCCUGAUCUCACUACCCAAACAUUGGCACUCACAUGGCAUGCCACUCCCCCAAACACUGGCACCCCUGUUGUGUGACAGCUCCAACACUGAUAGCUGAACCUGCAAUAUCCCCAAACACUGACUCUGUUUUUGCUCCCCCCAAACACUGACUGGAUCUGUGACCAAUCAGAAGUCAAGGGAGCCCUGAUCUAUGACACUCCAAGUAGUGGCCUUCCCAAUUGCUACCAAAUAGCAACAUUGGCUCAUGAUCACCAGGUAUCCGGCAUCUUGCGUGACACUCCAGCAUCAGGCAGCCCCCUGUGCCAGCCCACCCUGAAUGUCAUGCACCUUCUGAGAGGCUCCACUGGCAAAAGUCUUCAGGCAGCUGGCCCAGGUAGCAGGGAGAGAUGGGUGGGGGGAGACUCAGCACUACCCCCAGGCUGCCCAAGCCAGAACCCUGCCCCACAGAGACCCUCUCUCCUCCCCAAAGCCUAGCCUCCAAAAGAGACACCCCAACCAGACCCCGGCCAGGAAGGCCCAAGCCAGAGCCUGGACCCUGAGAGAGGUCCCCUGCCCCCAUCGCCAUCUGCCCAGCUACCUCAGCACUCCUAGAUCUUUCAGCACCCACCCAACUUAGGCUGCACUCAAAUACCUCAUCCACCCAGCACCCACUGACUUAGAUGCAUCCAGAACCCACUGAGCAAUCCAGCCACCCACUCCCCAUAGACACCCUCAUACAACACCGCCCCAGCCUCGCUGCUGCUAAGUUUUGUGUGGCUCCAUGUCCCGGCCCCAUUAUUGUUCAGACAAGGGGGUGUCACCAUGGGCUGAAGUUUACAUCCAUGCAAUUCAACCCUUAAACGAUUUGCAUACAAUGUCACUCUUGGUGCUGUGCACCGCACAGCUGGGCAGCCGUGUGGCCCUGCCGCGGACCUGCCCACUGGGCUGCAGCCGGACCCCAGUUCCAGAUCAGGGCCGUUCCCUGCAGCAUAGUUUGGCCUGAUAUUUGGGAACUACAACUCCCGGCAGGCCCUGCGCUCAUCCGCCGUUCCAACCCUCUACUUCCGGGUUCGGCCUAUACAGGAGAACUACAUCCCCCAGCAAGCAACGCGCCUCUCUCCCUGCACUUCCGGGGCCGGCCAGUUCUCCCGUCAGGCACUAUGCCUUUACGCACUUCCGGCCCCGAGGCCGGAUGUGCGCGUGGCCUCGGGUCUCCUGGUUGGUUGGUUUAUCGCCUGGCGGCGGCGGCAGCAGGCCUGAAACAGACACGGCUUAGAGAUGGCAGAGGAGGCCGGGGAUGAGAAGAAGCAGGUGGCAAAGUUUGAGCUGGAGCGGGAGACGGAGCUUCGCUUUGAGGUGGAGGCCUCGCAGACUGUCCAGCUGGAGCUGCUGGCAGGCAUGGCGGAGAUCUUCGGCACCGAGCUGACCCGUAACAAGAAGUUCACUUUCGAUGCUGGUGCCAAGGUGGCCGUGUUCACGUGGCACGGCUGCACAGUGCAGCUGAGUGGCCGCACUGAAGUGGCUUACAUAUCGAAGGACACACCCAUGCUGCUCUACCUCAACACCCACACAGCCCUGGAGCAGAUGCGGCGGCAAGCAGAGCGCGAGGAUGAGCGGGGGCCCCGGGUCAUGGUGGUGGGGCCCACGGACGUGGGUAAGUCGACAGUGUGCCGGCUGCUGCUGAACUACGCUGUGCGGCUAGGGCGCCGACCCACCUUCGUGGAGCUGGACGUGGGCCAAGGCUCGGUCUCCAUCCCUGGCACCAUGGGGGCACUGUAUAUCGAGCGGCCUGCUGAUGUAGAGGAGGGCUUCUCUGUCCAGGCCCCCCUUGUCUAUCACUUUGGCUCCACCACUCCAGGCACCAACAUCAAACUCUAUAACAAGAUCACAUCUCGCUUGGCUGACGUCUUUAACCAGCGCUGCGAAGUGAACCGCCGGGCUUCAGUCAGUGGCUGCGUUAUCAACACGUGCGGCUGGGUGAAGGGCUCAGGGUACCAUGCCCUGGUGCAUGCCGCCUCAGCCUUUGAGGUGGAUGUGGUGGUAGUGCUGGACCAGGAGCGCCUAUACAAUGAGCUGAAGCGGGACCUGCCCCAUUUUGUGCGCACAGUGCUGCUCCCCAAAUCGGGUGGGGUGGUAGAGCGCUCCAAGGACUUCCGGCGGGAGUGCCGGGAUGACCGCAUCCGUGAGUACUUUUACGGCUUCCGUGGCUGCUUCUACCCCCACGCCUUCGAUGUCAAAUUCUCCGAUGUCAAGAUCUACAAGGUGGGGGCUCCCACCAUCCCUGACUCAUGCCUGCCCCUGGGCAUGUCGCAGGAGGACAACCAGCUCAAGCUUGUGCCAGUGACGCCGGGCCGUGACAUGGUGCACCAUCUGCUGAGCGUCAGCACUGCUGAUGGCAGUGAGGAGAACAUCUCCGAGACUAGCGUGGCUGGCUUCAUCGUCGUCACUGGGGUGGACGUAGAUCGCCAGGUCUUCACAGUGCUGUCACCGGCACCUCGCCCGCUGCCCAAGAACUUCCUGCUGAUCAUGGACAUCCGCUUCAUGGACCUUAAGUAGGGACUGCACUGGAACAGAAGAGGUGGAGUCCACCAGGACUAUUGUGUCUCUGUUGUGGACAGAACUUUUACCAAUUGAAGGGGGUGGAGACUGCCACACAGACUGAAUCAUUUGAAACCAGUGUGGGAAAGGGUAGAGGCUGCUGUCCAGAUCAAACCAUUGGGAGAAACCAAAGUGGGUCAGGUGAGGUUUGCGGAUUAAUUUGUAGACAGAAGCAGGGAGGGAAAGUGGGAUUAAAUGUAACUGUAAAUGGUUCACUGUCUACAUCCUUCUCUAGGUUCCCUUCUCCUCCUUAGAUUUCAGUCAUUGAAAUCUGGACCCAUUGUCCCUUUUACACAGCCAGUGCUUUGUGGGUCUCUUUUGUAGGAGAGGAUCAAUAUUGUUUUAUAUUUUUGUAAUUUUAAUAAACUUCUUGGUAUUUUGCUGGUC